UCAGGAUGGAUCUACCCUCCUAGCAGUGCACAAGUCUACUCAGACAGUUUGCAAGUUGGGCUCUCAUUUAGGAGUGAAGCAGGCGCUGAAACUAACGUCUCUUCUCUCGCUGAAAAUAUUUCCUUCACCUCUGCGCAUCAACUUAGCUUUAACAUGAUGACAGCAAACGGGAUACGAUCGCGCCUUUUGCUCCUGCUCUGCUUUUUCUCCACGGCAGCGGGCAAUAUGUUUGCAUUCACCGAGGAGCCCUCAGAGAGAGUCGGGAAGGGAGACGGGUAUUGUAGUCGGAUAUUACGGGCUCAGGGCAAUCGGAAGGAGGGCAACAAUGAGUUUCGCCUCCGCGUUGAGGGAGACCCGGAGACCUAUCAUCCAGGGAGCACAUACAGAGUGACUGUGAUGGCAUCCAGCCCCUCUUACUUUAGAGGCUUCACCCUUAUUGCCCUAAGAGAGGGUACAGAGGGAGACAAUGACUCAGACUACAUUGGAAAUUUCCAGAUAAUUGAUGAGGAGGAAACUCAGUUCAUGACCAACUGCCCCCCUGCUGUGACAGAGAGCACCCCUCGCAGACGCACCAGCAUCCAGGUGUUCUGGACUGCGCCCCCCAGUGGCUCUGGCUGUCUCUCCAUUAAGGCGAGCAUUGUGCAGAAGAGGAUAAUCCAUUUCCAGGAUGAAGGCUCUCUCACGAAGCGAAUGUGUGAGAAAGAAUCCUUUUAUGGAGACGUUACAGAGAAACCUCUGCUCAACUGUUGUGCCUGUGGAACAGCAAAGUACAGAGUCACCUUCUUCGGGAACUGGUCAGAAAAGAGUCAUCCAAAAGACUACCCACGUCGUGCCAAUCACUGGUCAGCCCUCAUUGGUGCCUCGCACUCUAAGGAUUAUGUGCUGUGGGAAUACGGUGGCUUUUCUAGUGAUGGAGUUAAACAGGUGGCUGAGCUGGGAUCCCCCGUCAAAAUGGAGGAGGAGAUCAGACAAAAGGGUGAUGAGGUCCUGACAGUCAUCAAAAUGAAAGCACAGUGGCCGGCCUGGCAACCAUUCAAUGUGCGGGCCGCCCCCUCAGCAGAGUUCUCCGUGGACCGGAGCCGUCACCUCAUGUCCUUCCUGACCAUGUUGGGGCCCAGUCCAGACUGGAACGUUGGUCUGUCUGCGGAGGACUUGUGUACCAAGGAGUGUGGUUGGGUCCAAAGGGUGGUGCAGGACAUGAUCCCCUGGGAUGCUGGCACUGACAGCGGAGUGUCAUAUGAGUCUCCCAACAAGCCCAUUGAUUCCAAGGAUAAGAUCCGUCCCCUGACCAGUCUGGAUCACCCACAGAGCCCCUUCUAUGACUCUGAAGGGGGCGCCAUCACACCUGUGGCCAGGGUCAUAGUGGACCGCAUUGCCAGAAAGGGAGAACAGUGCAACGUUGUGCCAGACAAUGUGGAUGACAUUGUAGCAGAUAUUGCCCAGGAGGAGAAAGAGGAAGACGACACUCCGGAGACGUGUAUCUACUCCAACUGGUCUCCAUGGUCCGCCUGCAGCUCGGCCACUUGUGAAAAGGGAAAGCGGAUGAGGCAGAGGAUGCUUAAGGCCCAGUUGGACCUCAGUGUGCCCUGCCCACACACUCAGGACUUUGAGCCCUGCAUGGGGCCUGGCUGCAGCGAUGAGGAGUCCGCCACCUGUCUGUUGUCGGAGUGGGUCACCUGGUCUCCCUGUAGUUUGUCCUGCGGCAUGGGCACACGUUCCAGGGAGCGUUUUGUGAAGCAGGUCCCUGAAGAUGGCUCAGGCUGCUCCCUGCCCACAGAGGAGGCCGAGAACUGCGUGGUCAAUGAGGAAUGCUCUCCCAGCAGUUGUCUGGUUACAGAGUGGGGGGAGUGGGAUAUCUGCAGUGCCACUUGUGGUCUUGGCAUGAGGAGGAGAGAGCGCAUGGUGAAGACGCCUCCUGCAGAUGGCUCCAUUUGUGGGGCAGAGGUGCUAGAAGUUGAAAAGUGCAUGAUGCCAGAAUGUCAUACAAUCCCCUGCAUGCUGACUCCGUGGUCUGACUGGAGUGACUGCAGUGUGACGUGUGGGAAGGGUGCAAGGACACGACAGCGCACGCUAAAGUCUCCCGUGGAGCUGGGAGAGUGCACAGAAGAUUUAGAGCAGGUGGAGAAGUGCAUGCUGCCAGAGUGCCCCAUAGACUGUGUGAUGUCAGAGUGGACUGAGUGGUCGGAGUGCAAUAAGUCCUGUGGUAAGGGUCAUACGAUCCGGACCCGCAUGCUGAAUAUGGAGCCUCAGUUUGGAGGAGACGCGUGUGCUGAAACCAUCCAGAGGAAGAAGUGCAAGAUCAGGAAGUGCACUCGAGGACAGGCCAACAGUGACGAGAAGAAACGCCGCAAGGAGCAGCGCGAAAAGAGAAGGAGCAUACAGGGCAAAGCUGAGGUCUCCACCGAGCACCCGGGGUGUAAAAUGAGGCCGUGGUCAACAUGGACAGAUUGUACCAAGCUGUGUGGUGGAGGUAUUCAAGAACGACUCAUGACAGUAAAGCAGAGGUUUAAGACUGCCCAGCUGUCCAGCUGCAAGGACAGGAAGGAGAUCAGGGCCUGUAAUGUGCACCCCUGCUAGGGAGGAGAGGGGGGAGGACAGUGGGGCUGGAAACAGGACAGGGCAUGG